AUGGACGGCGGGGAUUACAUCCUGGAGGAGACGGACAGCGGCAGGCAUCGGUUUUUAGUGGAGCUCGAAUUCGUUCAAUGCCUGGCGAAUCCGAACUACAUUCACUACCUAGCACAGAACAAAUACUUUGAAGACCCAGCAUUCGUCAAUUAUAUACACUACCUGCAGUACUGGCGGAAACCCCCGUAUUCAACUUUCAUUGUCUAUCCACACUGUCUCUACUUCCUUGAGCUGCUUCAAAGCGAGCACUUCCGCACUGCCAUGGCGCAUCCCGCCAACAAGGAGCUAGCCCACGGGCAGCAGUUCUACUUCUGGCAGCAUUACCGGAACAACCGGCUGAAGAUGAUGCAUCAGCAGAGACAGCUACAAGCAGCAGGUGAAGGAGAGACGGACACAGAGACGAGCACAGGUGGUCCGACUCCUCAAGGUGUUGCCACUGCUGCUGGUACAGGUGGUGGUACCAGAGGCGGUACAGUUAUAAGUGCUGGCACUGCAAUUGGUACAACAGCAACUAAUGGUGGUGGAGCUGUUACAGCUGAUGCUGUCUCCGCUGCCCCAGGAACACCUGGUGGUGCCUCGUAUCGUCACGCCUCCACGCCCCCCCUUCCUCCUGCCUCGCCUUUGCCCCCCCUUCCUACUGCUGCUCAUGCGUCUGGGGCUUCCAAGCCUCCUACACCAGGCUCGGGAUCUGGUUCGACAGCAGCAGGUCCGGGGGGAUCCGUCAAAGCAGCAACGCACGGUGGUCGCACACCUCCCUUGGCACCAGGGUCAUCCUCCCGUAACCCCAGUGGUUCUCAGCAGGGUGGUGCGAAGCCUGGUGCACGCCGCCCACCUCCCAGCAGCCCUGGGCAGAGACCAGGAGGAGGUGGGGUUGCUGGAGGGACUGGGGGAAGGGUGAGUACGCUUGGAGCUGCUGGUACGCCACAUCAGCCUGGCACUGCAUCUCCCAGUGGAACUCGACAAGAUCCUACCGCAAGACCUAAGAAACGAAAGGCCCUGCCUCAAUGA